AUGGCAGCGACAACGCUUUGGAUGGAUGUACUCGAGGCCGCUGACGACGAGACCGUUCGCGUGAUCAACGAACUUCAACUCCAGGACCUUGAAGACCUCGACUCGUGGGGGAGCCCGGACGCUGCUUUGGCUCGGCAGAUAUACGAGGAUGAGGUCAAGCAGUGAGUUUUCUCUUGUGGCAUUCGCGUUCGAGGAAAGGUCUAACGCGCCUUUCAAGAUAUGGUGCUAUUCGCGACGCGGAGGGCGAGGAGAUAGAUGCUGAGGGCAGUGCAGACGAGUUGGAUCAGGAGGGAGAAGGAGAAGAAGAAGAAGAGGAAGAAGGGAUAGAGAGCGGGCCUGAUCGUGCGGCAGAUGUCACUAACUCGGCGGACGAAAAUGGCCGUCCCGAGCAUCAAACAGACCAAGGCCUCAUCGCCGGUUCUGUCGCACAACUCGCUUGCAACGUCUGCGCCGAAGACAAGCCCGAGUCACAGUGCUAUCGUUCUCCGUGCGAAGAUGGGCACAUCUACUGCGCCGGCUGUCUUCGGAGACUGUUUCGCACUUCCAUGGGCGAUGCCACGCUAUACCCUCCCACGUGCUGCGCGCAUCGCAUAGCCCUGGAGGCCGUGGCACAUCUUCUCGGACAGCAGCUCAGUGUGCAUUUCGCAGCAAAGCAGGAGGAACUCGACGAUCCCCAGCCGCUUUACUGUCACGAUCCCCCUUGCUCUACGUACAUCGGAACGCGAAACAGGCUCGGCCAGCGUGGCGACUGUCCAGGCUGUCAGAAGGAGACCUGCGUACAGUGCAAAGCGGCGCUUCACGAUGGAGAAUGUAGCCGCAGUGGAGAGGUGCCGCAGGUCGUCGCCCUAGCUGAAGCAAUGGGUUGGGGCAGAUGUCAUCGAUGCCCGCGCAUCAUUGAGCGCAAUAUGGGCUGCUAUCACAUGACGUACGUUGCCAACGCAAAUGAACCGGUAGCAGUGGAAUUAACAUGCUAACACCAGGCGACAGCUGCCCCUGCGGCGCCGAAUUCUGCUACCUCUGCAGUGCACCCUGGAAAUCCUGCCGCUGCCGAGUCAUGGAUCUGGACCAAAUCAUCCCCCAAGCAGAAGCCAUCGCGGAGCGACAAGGACAAGGAAGAGGAGGAGGCGGCAACAACAUCGCCGAGAUCAUCCAACAUCUGGUCGAUGAUCCUCGCGGGCAGAGCAAUACAUGGCACAUUGCCCGUGGCGAGUUCGAAUGUGAUGGCUGCCAUCAGCGUCUGGGAGCGUACGUCUACGAGUGUCUGCACUGCACGGUUCGCUUCUGCUAUCGUUGUCGCUGCAAUCGCGGGCAUGCCCAGAGGUAUCGGGGGGAGAUUCAGCGGGAGUUGAGGGCGCGGGGGUUUGUGGAUGUCUAG